UAGAGUAGACGUCAAUACACCGAGCGAAAGCUGUUCACCGCAGAGUGCUGCAGCUGGCUGGUGCCAGUCCAGUUCUCUGCUCACUUCGCGUUUCACCAGUUUUCUCUCUCCUUUUUUAUCAACUCCCAUUUCCCAUUUCACAUUUUUGCUCGUUAUUUCUCUCUCGCAGUUUCUUUCUCCAUUCGGAGUGAUGAUAUUUUUGCGUCACGCGAUUUUGUCAAGGAACAGGGUCUUCUCGGAUUGUUUCGACGAGCUUAUCGCAUCGAUAUAUCGCAGGCGUUUAUUCUGGAAUAAGUGGGAAUUGUAUGAGGUGAAUAAACAAAAUUUAUUCCUACUGAAUUACAAUUACGUACCGUAAUAAGUGUGUCAACAAUUGGGGACGUCAGGGUGCCGAGUAAUUCGAAAAUUGGGUUAUUACAGUUGGCAGGAUGGGAUUGAAUGAUUUGAUUUACUGGUAUCAGAAAAAAAUAGGCACCUACGAUAAACAACAAUGGGAGAAAACAGUGGAGCAGAGAAUAUUCGGUGGCUUCAACAACGUCCCAAUGCGCACUGCAAAAUUAAAAACCGAAUUCAUCGACGUGGAUCUCGUUCGAGGCUCUUCGUUCCCCAAGGCAAAACCCAAGCAUGGAUUGAUUACAGUCACAUGGCUUGCGGUCAAGAGACUCGUAUUGUUGCCAUUCUACAGAAAUUGGUGGACACAACAGACGAGCGGAAGGAUCUUUUGUUUAUUUCUAUUGCUCUACAGUCUGCAGAUACUCAAUGUUGUUAUUUAUACGAAGGCCGGGGACCCCAGUGAAUCGAAUAUAGUAUCGAUGACUGAACUCUUGGUGCCAGCGGCGAUGAUGUUCGUCCUGUGCACCGUCCAUUCUCAAAUUGUUUCAACAAAUUCAGGGCCUGCUAUAGUCAAAGGACACAACAGGUCGAGGAUCAGGAGAUCGAGGCAUGGGAGGAGUCGAUCGGGAAAGUUGAGACCGAGGAGACCCAGCAAAGGGAAGAAUUCGGUUGAAACUGCGGGGGAAAACGUUGGGAAAUCGUACUCGGGGAUUCCUUCUGUAAGAUUUGCUAAGAAAGUUUGCAUUGACACAUCAGUAGCAUCACGAAGGCCCUCGGGAGGUCACCAGUCCGAGCCGACGGUUUCCACGCCCCGGUCUUUCUCUGACGAUAAAAUCGUUGAGAAAAUUAUUCCAUCGUCUUCCAGAGUGCCUCAGCCAGUGAUUAAUCAACCGCAAGAGCCACCAAAUCCAAACGUGAAUGAAAACGCGGAAAAUGUUGACACAAUCCAUCAGGAUGACGAUGGAUUUGAGAGCCUCAAUGGAAAUGUCUCCAGCGAUAAUGAUCGCGCAACAGUGAGGCCACAAAUGACUGCAGAAGUUGAGAUUAAUAAAAAAUCAGAGAUCGGAGGAUCAGAGAGCAGUGAUGAGCGUGUAACCAAUGCUGGAGAAAUCCACCGAAAAAGUGAUAUGAAUUUAGAUAAGAGUAAAGAUAAUAGUGACCAGUCAACGAAAAAUGACGUGGGGAAACUGACGAAAGAGUACCAGUGCGAGAGCGAGGAGGAGGGCGAGUGCGAGGAGGCUGGCACCAAUCAGUUGACAGAGGCAACGACUUCUGCUACUGAGUGGAUGGGUGUUACCACCAACAGCGAUGAGUGCAGCUACAGGUGGGAAAAAUUCCAUGAUGAAAAUCAUUUGCUUCGAAAGGGUCUCACGUCGCAAAAUUUCAGCUCUGAUCUCGACGAGUCCGAGCCGCACAGUGAUAAUAAUUUUGGGUAUGGUGAGUUUAUUGAGCAUCCGUUCUCCUGGGAGUUGGAGCUGCCACCUUCCAUUUUGCUGAGCUCCUGCUGUGCAACUUCUGAUCGAGUUUCCUGCACAUUGUGGACCCGUCGAGACAUAAAAAAGGCGGAACUAUCGGUGCUGGACAUAAGUUCAGCGAUAAUAGCGAGAGCUGAAUCUAUGCCUGAGAGUAUGGAUUAUUUUUACGGUGGACUCGUCCUCUCAAUCGUCCUCGCUAUUAUUCCUUCUAUAAGGAGGUUGAGCGAUCACUUUAGCUCGGAUUCUACGAAUAAUUCUACCGAAACAUAUGUGAAUGAUUUAGAACCGGUCGACUUCAGUACCUACACUGGUUUCAUUUGCAGAAUUAUUGAUGUGGCCUUCGGGAGUAUUCUUUGGGAAAGAGCAGUAGUUCUAAUACUUUCAUUCGAGAGACUAGUCCUCUCUUGCCUCCUAUUUUUCCUUCUCGCAGUGGCUGAAAGAACAUUCAAACAGAGGCUCCUCUACGCGAAGCUCUUUUCGCACUUGACGUCGUCCAGACGAGCGAGGAAAUCGGAUUUGCCGCAUUUCAGGCUCAACAAAGUGAGAAAUAUCAAGACUUGGCUCAGUGUGAGAUCCUAUCUAAAGAGGAGAGGGCCUCAGAGGUCUGUUGACGUCAUCGUGUCUGCGGCGUUUAUCGUCACUCUGCUGUUGCUCUCGUUUGUGAGCUUAGAGCUUAUCAAAGACUUGGGGAGUCUACACUCGAGAUCAAACAUCGAAGCGCUUAUCUGGAGCUUUGUCCUUGGAAUAUACCUCUUGAGAUUCAUGACACUUGGGACUAAAAUCAAUAAGAAGUAUCGUAAUCUCUCUGUGCUCAUCACUGAGCAGAUAAAUCUGUAUCUCCAAAUAGAACAGAAACCCCACAAGAAAGAGGAGCUCACAGUGGCAAAUAGUGUUCUAAAGCUGGCAGCUGACUUAAUAAAGGAAUUGGAGAGUCCCUUCAAGAUCUCCGGCCUCUCAGCAAAUCCGUACUUAUACACAAUAACUAAAGUCGUGCUUCUCUCAGCCCUGUCAGGAGUGCUCUCAGAGCUCCUAGGAUUCAAACUCAAACUCCACAAAAUAUCAAUCAAGUAGUUGCAAACUGUGGUAAUUACACAGUGAUUCGUCAAUGAAAAAAAUGAAAACUCGACUUUUUCUCAUUCUUUGAGUAUAAAAAAUGACUGCUAAAAUCAUCACGAUAGCGACAAUCUCCUACAACUUUCAGAUUUCACGGCGGUCUCCCCUUACUUCAAAUAAAUCAUUUCUCUGGGUGUAUUAUUCAUUCCUCCCACCGAGGGCCAUAUUUUACAAUCAUAGCGAAUUCCAAUCGAAAGUAUGAAAUCUGUACAAAUUAACGUAUUCAAUUAGAAAUUAAUUAUUUUUGGCAAUGAGAGGAUUAUAAACAGCACUCAUGUUCACAUGUCCUCGAUUGCACUCGAACGAUAUCCAUUGCGUCCUACUUACUUCGAAUUUUUCUCAAGAAAUGUUGUAUCGUUAAACCAAUGGUUGUAAAUGAGAUGAUGUACAUGAAACUGCAGAUUAUAAAGAUAACUGAUGUGAUUAAAAAUAUUUGAUCAAG